CACGAGUGGCCGCUUCAGCUGUGUGUUACAAAUACAGCACAUGGUAGCGUUUGGUAGCUGCUUGUAGCGACGGAUACCACCGGGCCCUAAACUCUGAACUUGUUUGAAUUCUCAACUUACGAGAAAAAAAGUUGCACAACGUUUACUUUGGUAAUUGUUAGUUGUAAAACACCUACAACUUUGAAGUCGUUUGCCUUCGUGCAAGACCGUGCGCGAGCGUUAUUUAGCGAGUUUGAGGACUUUCAAAACACUUGUCCUAUUCCGCCUGCAGCAGCCACACAGAAGCUAGCAUGUCGACCGGCCCAAAUGAAGUUAAAAGCUGCCCCAUCCCCACCAGGGUGCUCACCCUGAAGGACUGGUCCCAGCUACCCGACUGUUACAGCCAGACACCCGGGGGGACCCUCUUCUCCACCACGCCUGGAGGCACCCGUAUUAUCUAUGACAGGAAGUUUUUGUUGGAUUGUCGAAACUCUCCUAUUGCCCGGACCCCCCCAUGCUGUCUGCCCCAGAUCCCUGGGGUAACAGUACCUGCUACACACCCCAUUGGGAAACUGCAGGAUCUCAAAGAGGAGGAGGAAGAGAAGGAUAUUGCCGAUGACAACCAGUUUGAGAUGGACAUCUGAGCUCCAGUAUUACCUCCUGUGGAGAGUUAUUAGUUAAACCUCCAAGGUCAUUAAUGACUGUAAUGCAUUACAUGUAAAGCUUUUUUUUUCCACCUUUUUUUUAAACAAAAGCUUUUGUGAGGAACCAAAUAGAAUGGGACAGAGUUCAACUCUAGGGGGUUUCUGACCCUAAAAAAAGCAAAGAAAUGGUAUUUAAUAAGCUCAUUGGUUGCUCACUCAACUCAGAGCUGCAGCAGGAUUGAAAAAUCUGUUUUGAUUUCACUUUUUUAAAAAUCUUUUGUAAAUAACAUUGUACAAUGUAGCCUAUUUUUUAAGUUGGGGAAUAUAAGAUGAUUACAUUAAGACAUGUAGAGUUUUUCACUGCAGGCAUCAGUUGUUUUGUUGUAUUUCCUCCCCAAAAACGGAUGGUUAACUUUCUUUGUGAUAGGCAAACAAGUGUCUCCUAAUAUUGGGGGUCAGGGCCUACUGAAAAUCGGCUCCUACUCUGUUUUGUAUGGAGGGAGAGCUGAAAUGUGAAUAAUUUCAAAUAAAGGCUAUUCAGACCUGUCA